UCUAAAUACCAAGUACCUUAACAUUGGAAGUUGCUUUGGAGAAAGGUGUCAGAUAAAUGACUUAAUUUAAUAGAGUACAUGACAUCAUCUCAGAGCCUCAUAAUGAGGGUGGUGUGACAAAGUGACUGACCGCCAGUGGAGAACAACCUGAAACAAACAGCAUUUUUGUUUCCAAUUACAAAAGGUUUGGUGCUUCUUGGUCUGCAGUCUUGUUUACUUUAAGAGCUUAUGGGCAGAGCAGGGCCAGAAGCUCAGAGAUAUACUUGGGGUGGUGCUCUUAUCGUGCAUUUCUAAGAGCUCACAGCCUACUCUGCUCACUGGAGCAUUAACACUUCAUCUCCAGUGCGAGACACACAAGGCAUUGCCCAGGAGCAGCAUUGCAAAACGCCACGGAUUCUCUGCUGUGUAAAAGUAUUGCCUUGCACCUGUUAACACAGCAUCCCUACGUGUGACGACCGCAAAAGGUCAAAGGUUAAGCAAUGUCAACCGGGAGGGAGCAAUUUGUCAGAACACCCAACUAUACGCGUGGGUUUUCCACAGAAAAAAACGACAAGUCCAUAUUUUGGGGGACUUUUGAAAGUAAAAAGCAAGUAGUAACUGUGUUUGAAAGUCAGCGGUCGGCUGGCAGAGACGGAGCGUAGGGUGUCGGAUAAAAGGACACGCGCUGACGGAUCAGCCCAGCAACUCGGCUCGCAUUGGCUGCGUGCGCGCGUCGCUCAGCCAUAGAAGGCAGCGCGCGCGAGAGGCUGCAGCGCACGCUCCCGUGCGCAGCGCGGACACGAGAAAGGAACGCCGCACGCACGCGUCACUGCGCGGUCCACGUGAGCUGAGCCCCCGCACCAAAACAAGGGCGAGAACCCAGAAAAGAACACUGCACGCACAUGUGCUCCGCCUCCGCCCCUCCCCCGGAGUACUGCAGAGCACUGGCCACGUGACCUGAACCUCUUACCAAAACAAGAGCGAGGACCCAAAAAAGAACACUGCACGCACACGUCACUGUUUGGACCACGUGACCUGAACCCAGCACCAAAACAAGAGCGGAAACCCAGCGACGAUCGGCACAAUAAAUAUGGAUAAAUGACAACAGACCCGUUGACAGAACAACCUAGAACGGGAUUUAAACACAUAUGCAGAGCCAUGGAAAAGCAAGUCCAGAGACUUCUCAAGUUCUCUCAAGGAAAACAAAACACAAGUCUAUUGCUCCUUAUACUAAGAGACGGACACCAUGCGAAAACUUGAUUGGUCCUCGGAUACGGUGCACGAAAAACCCCAACGAAAAGCCUGUAAAAUUGGAGACGUAGAAGUGGUGGACAGAAAACACAACAGUGAUGACCAGUCUGGUUCUGGAUAAUGGCGCUUAUACGGCCAAGAUCGGGUACAGCCAUGAAUGUGUGAGCGUCAUCCCCAACUGUCAGUUUCGCUCGAAAACUUCGAGACUGAAGACGUUCACUGCCAACCAGCUGGAUGAAAUCAAGGAUCCGUCGGGGCUCUUCUACAUCCUGCCUUUCCAGAAGGGCUACCUGGUGAAUUGGGAUGUGCAGCGGAAAGUGUGGGACCACCUUUUUGGGCCAGAGAUGUUCAAGGUAGACUUUGCAGACACAAGCAUAGUGAUUACAGAGCCCUACUUUAACUUUACCUCAAUACAAGAGUCUAUGAAUGAAAUCUUAUUUGAAGAGUACCAGUUUCAUGCAGCUCUUCGAAUUAAUGCUGGGUCCUUGAGUGCACACCGGUAUUUUUAUGAGAACAGCUCAGAGCUUUGCUGUAUUGUAGUUGACAGCGGCUUCUCCUUCACCCACAUUACUCCCUACUGCAGGGGAAAGAAAAUGAAAGAUGGAAUAUGCAGGAUAAAUGUUGGUGGGAAGUUGCUGACCAAUCAUUUAAAGGAGAUAAUUUCAUAUAGGCAGCUACACGUCAUGGAUGAGACUUAUGUCAUCAAUCAGGUGAAGGAGGAUGUGUGCUAUGUUUCCCAGGACUUCUAUGCAGAUAUGGCAAUGGCUCAGUUAAAAGGAGAGGAGAACACAUUGAUGAGAGACUAUGUGUUGCCUGAUUUCAGUUCCAUCAAAAAGGGCUACUGCAAGCCCCGGGAGGAGAUGAACUUUGCUGGGAAGUAUAAGCCUGGGGAGCAGAUACUUCGCUUGGCCAAUGAGCGCUUUGCUGUGCCAGAGAUGCUUUUCCACCCCUCAGACAUUGGGAUCCAGGAAAUGGGAAUACCAGAAGCACUGGUCAAUUCUAUUCACAACAUGCCAGAGGAAAUGCAGCCUCACUUCUUCAAGAACAUCGUUCUCACUGGGGGCAACGCACUGUUCCCCGGUUUUAGGGAACGUGUCUAUAAAGAAGUCCGUUCCCUCGCCCCCACUGACUUUGACGUGUCUGUGGUACUUCCAGCCAACCCCAUCUGUUACCCCUGGGAGGGAGGCAAGCUGCUGUCAGAAAACCCAGACUUUGAUGAGAUGGUGGUCACUCGAGAUGAUUAUGAAGAAAACGGACAUUUGAUUUGCGAAGAGAAGUUUGAUAUUUAGUGCAAACUGUGUUACGCUUUGAAGACACAAACAUCUGUUAUAUCUCUAAAGCCCAUUACUGUUGUGUUUUCCUAAGCAUCCUGAAUAUGUCUGUAAAUUUAUGUACAGAAAUGAACUUUUUAGCUUCCAUAAUUUUUCUUUUUAAA